AACUGGAGCUGUCUUUGUCAUUUACAGUGGCUGCCUGUGCUGAACUCUCGCAAAUUAUAACAGCAGAUCAUUAAAGCAAAUCCCUAAAGGCUUUGGAUAUAAUAUGCAGAAUGAUCUUUACUAUUGUGGUAUGAAUUGUAAGGGCAGGGACAGUUGCCUGUAAUGAGUGAUAACUAGUUUUGUAAACACCUCUGACAGACCUAUGCCUGCCACAGAGCUUUUAACAUUGGUUCGAAGCAGAUCACUAACAGCCGAUGAAGUGAAGGUUGAUUCUGGGACACAGGCUCUUCUCUAUGCUGUUCCCAAAGGAAAGGGGAAUGAGCAAAAUAUAUCUGCAUUCCCAAAAUAGCACAAGGCACUGUGAGCUGGUUGGACUGUAUAAAAACAUGAAAAGUAUCUUACAGAUAUUCAAUUCAAAUUUUAUUUCAUUCAGUGUCUUUCCACAAGUCUUUCACAGUCUGUGCUGCUGGUCAACAGCUUAGAGCAAAGCUGCAGCUGCUACUAAGCUACUCUUCGAUUAUGAUAUGGAAUGUGGGGAUAAAUACCAACCUGGCUUGUACUCUGGAGAUUACCUGGCCAAGAAGACCUCUGCAUGUACUCCUGAAGCCUUUUCCCUAUCAGUCUGAGGUGAACGUGGAUCCCAGGCUAUAAAAGAAGUGAGAAUUUGAUGCCUUCCACUCCCAAACCGAUUCCACCCAUCUGCUGUCAGUUGGCAUCACAGAAAUUUGGAACCAGAAUGCAAUGUGCGUGGGAGAAUGAUAGACUGCAUCAGUAACAUCAUGUUUUACACAAUGUCAUCAUGCUGCCAACAGUUUCUGGGUCUGACCCUGAUGGUUUUAAUUACACGAUCAACAGUGAGCUGCCCAGCUCGAUGUGAAUGUGCGGCUCAAAUUAGAUCAGUGGUGUGCCACAGAAAGCGGCUGACAGCUAUUCCAGACGGCAUUCCCACAGAAACGAAAAUACUUGACCUGAGCAAAAAUAGACUGAGGUGCAUCAACUCAGGGGACUUGGCAGCAUUUCCUCUCUUGGAAGAGAUUGACCUGAGUGAGAAUAUCAUCACAAACGUCGAACCCGGAGCUUUCAGCAACUUAUUCAACCUGAGGUCCCUGCAGCUUCGUAGCAACCAGCUGAAACUGAUCCCAACCGGGGUGUUCAGCAGACUAAGCAACUUAACCCGCCUGGAUCUCAGUGAGAACAAGCUGGUGAUUCUCCUGGAUUACAUGUUCCAGGAUUUGAGGAAUUUGAAACACCUGGAAGUUGGGGACAAUGAUCUUGUCUACAUCUCCCAGCGGGCCUUCAGUGGCUUGGUGAGUCUGGAGCAGCUCACCAUCGAGAAAUGCAACCUGACCUCGAUUUCUGCUGAAUCCUUGUCCUACCUGCAGAGCCUGAUCACACUGAGGCUGCGCCACCUCAGCAUCAGCUUUCUGGAAGAGCAGAACUUUCGGAAACUGUACAACUUGAAAGAGCUGGAGAUUGACUACUGGCCACUUCUUGACACCAUGACUCCCACAACCCUGUACGGCCUGAACCUCACGUUUCUCUCCAUCACUAGCACUAACCUUUCCAGUGUCCCCUCUGGGGCCUUCAGAAAUCUGAUCUAUCUCCAAUUGCUGAACCUGUCCUACAAUCCUAUCAGCAGCAUUGAAUCGGGCUCUUUCCGUGAUUUAAUCCGCCUCCAGCACUUGUACAUUGUCAGCACUAUGCUCGCCACCAUCGAGCCGCAUGCUUUCCUCGGCCUGAGGCAAUUAAAAGUGCUGAACGUCUCCAACAACUUCUUGGUGACCCUGGAAGAGAGCACUUUCCAGUCGGUGGCCACCCUGGCGGUGCUGCGUUUGGAUAGCAACCCACUGUCCUGUGACUGCCGCCUCCUGUGGCUCCUGCACAGGAGGAAGACGCUGAGUUUUGAGGGCAGCCAGCCGGUCUGCGCCUCCCCAGCAGAUAUCCAGGGCAGCGAGUUGAAAGACUUCGAGGACUCCGCCGUCCACAGCUAUUUCACCUGCCAAAAGCCCAAAAUCCGGGACAGGAAACCUCAGCGAGUCACCGCUGGGGAAGGGCAGACAGUCUAUUUCACUUGUAGGGCUGAUGGGGAACCAGCUCCUGUUAUCAUGUGGGUCUCUCCCCAGAGGAGGAUGAUCACCAGUAAAAGUAACGGCAGAAUAACGAUCCUGCCCAGUGGUACCCUGGAGAUCCGCUUUGUCCAAGUCCAUGACAGUGGCACUCACAUCUGCAUCGCGAGUAACGCCGGAGGCAAUGAUACCUCAUUCGCUGUGCUGACUGUGAAGGGACGGCCAGCAGACGGUGCCCUGUAUGCUAACAGGACAGCAUACCUCACAGAGUUCAACGAGACUGCGUUCAACGACACACAGGUGUUCCUGAAGUUCACACUUGACGUGAAAACCAUCCUGGUCUCCACCGCCAUGGGGUGCAUCACCUUCUUAGGGGUGGUGCUGUUCUGUUUCCUGCUCCUGUUUGUGUGGAGCCGAGGAAGGGGCCACCACAAAAACAAUUUCUCCGUUGAGUACUCGUUCCGCAAGGUCGAUGGCCCAACAGUUAGUGGCGGACAAGGAGGAGCGAGGAAAUUCAACAUGAAGAUGAUUUAAGUCAACUUAACUCAACGUGAAACGGACCCUGUGUGUAAACUAGGGGUGACAGUUUUUUCAUGGUCAACACUGAGUGAUCAUUUAACUCAUACAAACCUGCUUAUCAUGUUAUAAUAAUAAGCAUAACUGAUACGGUGUGAAUUAAUCUUCAUUGAUGGCUCAAAUAAGAGCUGAGAGUUGCAUGCUGUAGAUCGUCCCCCAGUCCUUUGACUGGCAUGGCUCAUUGUAAUGCAUCAUUACCUACUUAACACACUAAAACUUUUCUUUCAGGAUGGAAAUUGGUUCAGGUAUGAACGCAGCGGCGGCGGGGACCAUCAUACUGAGACAGAUGCAAAACAGCAACAGAAGAACCUCCUUCUGAUCCUCUGGCCUUAGUAAAAGACAGACAGGGCUAGCAGCAUUGGUAUAGAGAAAACAAUUAGUCUACAUGAAAUAAAAAGGUCCAGAAUGGCUCGUUCAGAAGUGAAAAGGGCUAGAUAGGCAGUGGGUUUAACAUUGGUAAAACAAAAAGGAGAGAAGCAAAUGGAAUAGAUGGUAAUUGUACUCCCAUAUAAAAUCUUUGAAGAGAAAAUGAGGUCUGCAGAUGCUGGAGAUCAGAGAUGGAAAUGAAGGGCUAAUGCCCGAAACGUCGAUUCUCCUGUUCCCUAGAUGCUGCCUGACCUGCUGCGCUUUUCCAGCAACACAUUUCCAUCUCCCAUAUAAAAUACUAAGGGAGUUUUAAUGGCAUAACAGAAGAGCAAUUGAUGUAUAGUGGACAUGAAUAGAAUUGUUAAGGGGUACUUUGAGUACAGCUGACCCCUAUUUUCUGCUAUUAACAACAUCAUGCCUAGUCUGCAUAGAAUUCUUUUCCUUACAUCCAUUAGCAUUCCUUUUACCUUCUUUUUGGGGACACAUUUGUCAUUUAUUCCAUUUGCUCUUUCGACUUUUGUUGACUGUAUAAAACCUACCACUAUUCCAGCCCAUUUCAAUUCCAAAGAAAUUUCAUGUCCAUAUUGGACUCAAAAAGUUGACUGUUUUUCUCUAUCUCCAGAUG